CUGUCCCUUUACAUUGCUCUUCACAUCUCUCUUCUAAUUCUUCUUUCUUUUGUCUCUCUCUCUCUCUCUCUCUCUCUCUCUUUGUCUCCAUUAAUAACUCCAUUUCUUAUGAACAUAGCUUUCAAUAGUAUUCACCACCCAUUGAAGAAAAUCUUUAUCUCUUUUCUGGGUUGUGCAAGAGAUUGGAGUUUGGGAUUUAUUUCUUUGAACAAAUGGGAAUUUUCUCUGAUCUUCAAGUAGAUGUCAACGGCGAAAAGAUUUUCUUUGUAGACAAGAAAAUUCUUGCAACUUUCUCUGGUAGAUUAAGCAAAAUAUUUGGUAAAAUGGCGGGUAAGACGGGUCAAAUGAAAGUGAUAUUCCAUGACUUUCCAGGUGGCGCGGAGGGCUUUGAGCUAAUCACGAGGUUUUGCUACAAUUAUGGAAACAUUGACAUAACUCUCUCUAACAUAUUUUUACUGCAUUGCGCUGCGAAGUUCAUGGAAAUCAAGAAAGGCGGUUCUCAAACUCCCGAUUUGAUAGAACAAACCGAGAGAUAUUUUGAUGGAAUCCAAUGUUGGACUUGGUCUGAAUUACUAUUGAGUUUGAAACAAUGCCAUGAUUUUCUUAAAACCUUGAAUUCUUCAAGUAUACUUCCCAAGUUCUUGGAUUUGUUUGUAGAAAGGCUUGCUUUGCUUAAUGUUGAAAGUCCUUUUACUUCUUCUUCGGAGAAUUCUAAUUCUUCAAGUAGUCACAGUGCGAAAAGCUACAUAUCAACUAGUUGGUGGUUUGAAGAUCUUGUUUUUAUGAACAUUAAUUUGUUCGAAAAGGUUAUAAAUGCAAUGAUCACACAAAAAUUCGACCACGCAACAAUAUGUUCAUUUCUCUUUUUCUAUCAAAGAUCUAAAUUUCAUGGUGCUUCACAAGCCAAGAAGCGAAAAAUCAUUGAGGUUGUGAUCAAUCUGCUUUUCUUGCUCGAUAGGAGCGCUAUUUCUUGCAGGGGCCUAUUUGAUACGUUUGGAAUGAGUUUGUGUUUGAAAAUAAGCAAAUUUUACCAGAACAAGUUAGAGGUUUUGGUUGGUUCUAAGUUGGAUCGAGCUAAAAUAGAUGAUUUGCUCGUUCCAUCUCCACAUGGGAAGAGAUAUAUGUAUGAUGUGAAUUUGGUUCUGAGGCUGCUGAAAUUAUUUUUGGCUGAAAACCGGUUCUCCCCAUACCGGUUGAAGAAAGUUGCGUGCUUGAUGGACUUGUACAUUGCAGAAGUGGCCCCGGAUCGCCAUUUGAAGCCUUCCAAGUUUGUGGCGUUAGCCACUGCGCUUCCAGAUUUCGCCAGAGACUCUCAGGACAGAAUCUACCUAGCUAUCGACGCUUAUCUUAAGGUACAUGGCAGUCUAUGUCAAGAGGAGAAGAUGAAAGUCUGUUCUGUACUGAAUCAUAACAUGUUCUCAAUGGAAUAUUUAACAGACUUAUCUAUGAACUCUCAGCAAUACAAGCUCAAAAGCCUCAUCAAGAGCUCCAAAUAUGCGAGAACUCUGAGUGACUCAUCAAUUUGUCACACUGGACAGGGAAGUAGAAUGAGAAUGUGGAUGGUGAACACAUCCUUGUUUAAGCCAAGUAACUCCAUUUUCCGGAACAAAAUGAGGAAUUUGGAUCACAUUAUGAAAUGCAAGAGGAUAGUGGAAUUGGAGGAAAAUCUAUGGUAAAAAGCAUAGUGAAAUGGCAAAAAGUCAAUGAAAUCUAGGUUGCAUUGUCCAAGCAACACCAGGUCCUUGAGCAGACUAUGUUUUUUGUGUUUUGUUUUUUUGUUUUUACAUUCAGUAAGAGGAGAAUAGAAGAAAGAGAAGUUGCAUUGCGUAGCAGGAGACUACUAGUUGUACACUUGUAAACUUCUUUCUAAUGUGUCUCCCAAAUUGAGUUGUACAGUUUGAGAAAUUGGUUAAUAUAGUUGUAACUGAUUUUUGCAGCAAAAA